AUGGCCUUCCCCCCACAGCACAUCCCGCACAGCAGCCGCCAUGGUCCACCCUGCCCAUGGAUCCCGAUCCCCGACCAGCGCAUAAUCUGCAUCGAGCACCCGGCCAUCAUCCAGAACAUCGACAAAGGGAUCGCGACCCUCGGCGGCGAAAAGGCGCUCGUCAAGCUCGCAUCGACAAACGGAAACUCGGGCCUGAUGCUGCGCUUCCGCCCAGACGACCCCAUGCAGCCGCCGAUCCAGUCGCGCACGGUGCCGAGUAACAGCGUGCUCGUCAAGAUCACGGUCCCGCGGCGGCGGCGCAAGAAGCGGCGGGAUGCGGAGGGGCGGGCGGUGGUGGAUCCACGCCCGGUCGAGGAGCUGCCGCUGCUGGAGAAGCUGCGGAAGUCGAAUGGGAAGUACAAGGUUGAGACGGUGGGCAUGAUUGAGCGCACGGUGCGGUUUCGAGAUAUGGCGAAUUACCAAUUCAACACCUCGCGCUCACCCUUCGUCGCAAAGAUCAAGUCCACGGUCCUCGACUGCUCCUACCCCUCCCUACAGCAGUUCGCCCUCUCCCCCGGCAAAGGCCACCAACCCAUCCUCGAGAUCCUCCCCCCACCCUCCUUCUCCAACACCGUCAUGCAGCACACCUACUACUACCGCCAAAACCCGGCCAUCAAGAAAGCCCUCAUCGCCGGCAAGCCCGCGCUCCUCAACCUGCAAGCCGCGCCCAAAACCCUCACUCCCAUGGUACACAUCAGCAGCCCCAACCUGCCCUCCAAACCGCUCGACAUCCGCCCCUACGAGACGCUCGACGCGGCCGGCAAGAAGUGCGUCGACCACCUGCGCGCGCUCUUCGCCCAGCGGCCCAUCUGGACACGCCGCGCCCUCUUCAACCACUUUCCCAAGAACCUGCAGAGCCUGGUCCGCUUCUCCAUGGUGCACGUCGCAUACAUGUGGCGCGCCGGGCCCUGGCGCGACACAUGCGUCAUCUACGGGCUCGACCCGCGGUCGAGCCCAGAGUACAGAAAGUACCAGAGCGUGUUCUUCCAGGUCGAGACGGAGAAGAGCCAGAAGGGCAAAGACGACGCGCGCAAGCGCAACAGCCACAUCUUUGACGGGAAGCAGCUCGUGCGCGACGGGCGCUGCUUCCAGCUGUGCGAUGUGACGGACCCGCUGCUGUGCAGUCUGAUCGAGACGGGGAAGGUGCGGCGCGUGUGCGAUAUGGGCGAUGGGUGGUAUCGCGCGAGCACGAUGGCGAAGAUUAAGGCGAUCAUGAGGGGGAAGAUUCGGAGUUUGGCGGAGGGGACGGUGCCGGCGGAUAGUGAGUUUGUGGAUGUGCUGGAGCAGGAGAGCGAGAGUGAGAGUGAGGAGAAGGAGAGGAAGGAGCGGGAGGUGGCGGAGCGCGCGGCGAGGAAGAUGAGGAGGCUGGGGAGGGAGGCGGCGGCGGAGGCGGCGGAGGCGGAGGUGGAGGCGGAGGAGGCGGAGGCGGUGGAGGAGGCGGCGGAUAAUGAUGGCGAGUGGGAGGAGGAGCUGACGGAGGAGCAGAGAGUCGAUGGGAGGGUAGAGGAGCUGAUGAUGGAGCUGUUGAAGCAGGGCGGUGAGCAUGCGGGGUAUGAGGGGUAUCUGGAGGAUGUUGGGGAGGAGGGUGACUUUGAUGUGCUGGAGGGUGAGGAGGAUGAAGAUUAA